UGGAGCUUCCAUUCUUGAAAGUAUUCAAAAGCUGUCUGGAUGUGGUCCUGGGCAACUGGCUCUAGGUGGCCUUGCUGGAGCAGGAGGGUUGGACCAAAUGACUUCCAGAGAUACCUUCUAACACCUCAAUCUUCCUGUGAUCCCUUUACCUGGAAGUCCUUGGGUGAUAGUCUUUGCUGUGCAGGCAAGCAAGAUCAUAGAUCAUAAAGGUCAGGUGGCAUUUAAAAUCUAGGACCCUCUACCCUCACUGUGACACACUGAUGUGUUUCCUUCUGUCAGCAGGGAGCAAGCCCAUAAGACGCAAGACCAACAACAAAAUCAUGGCAACAUCUGGUGGCACUGGCCGCUCUCCCCUCAGCAUCCUACAAGAUGAUAAUUCCCCCGGUGCUCCCGCCCCUCGCCAGGGUAAGAGACAUGUGUUGGGAGAGAACGUUGCAGAGAAGAAGGAAGUGAUAGUGGAUCUAAGCAGGAGCCUCAAAUCUGGGAACUGUGCUUGGAGUAACCUGAACAAAGAGAACCAACAGUGUCCUUUUGUGGAGAACUAAAUAUUUCCUUUUUGAAGAUCUUGCUGUAAUUUGCCUCUAUGCUUUGAGAGUCUUCUAGGGGUGAGAAAUCCUGCAAUAGACUGGAACUCUGGACUUGUGGUCACUCUUCUUGCCUGUCCCUGCUGGGGAAAGGAGCACACUCUCUCCAUGUGCCUGUUUUUAUGUACAGUACAGACCCUGGCUCUGCUGUUGUAUAUCAGCUGUAUUGACUUACUGUAUGUAGAGUUCUUAUCUGUAGUGAAUAAAUUUGUAUUAAACCUUU